AUGGAGAACGAACCGCCUUCCGCUACCACUUCGAAGCGGGGUCGUCUAAUGGGCAAGCUCUUCGCCUUGAAGGAGAAGGAUCGCAAGCCAACGGCCGAAGAAACGGGAAGCAGCAUCAACGACUUCCUCAAUGGCCCCUCCGAUACUCUACAGGUCGCUCACGCGGCGCCCGCCUCUGCCCUCCCGACUCUAUCGAAGCUCGACACUACAUCCGCCACCCGAUACCCUCAAGCACUGUCUGUCGCUAGCCACUCUCAGCAGAGCCUGACCCUGCCGUACCAUCCCGCGCGCAGCCCUGGACAUAGUCCUGGCAUCCCGCCUCGGAGCCCACGGCGCAACAACAGGAAGGGACUGACUGUCCGCUUUGUGGAUACCUACCCUGAGAUCAUUGGCGAAGGUGGUGAUGAGUCGGAAAUUCCCUCCAUCGAGGUGUCGAGACGCAAGAAGCAGCCCCCCCCUCCGUCUCCCAACCGCAGACCCAUCGCUGCUGUCCACGAUUCUCCGCCCAGGGCGCCCUCUGCGCCCAAGGAUGACUCCGACUUCAUGCCCGGCCGUUUGCGACGGACCCAAACAGGUUAUUCCUCCGUUGGCAACGAACCUGUUGAGCCCAAAGAGCCGCCUCCCGCCUAUAGGGAGGUCGCACCGGGUAAUGCUGUCUCAGCGCCUUACCUGGACACUCCUACCAACGUCAAGGACGAGAAUCGCAAGUCUUUCAUAGAGCAUCAACAGGCCGAGAUGCGACAGGCCGAGGGCAGGGCGUUUGCGGAGGCUGCACGCUCCGCCAGCCAACCCUCGCACCCCGAGCGCGAGCAGUAUGGGGGCCAAGCAUUUCUUAUACCCCAGAUAAACGAAUCUCCAACGAGAUCUCCAGUACCGCCCGUCAAGGUCCCCUUGCCGCCGAGAUCACCAGAAGAUCACAGAAAGCCCCCCGACCAGAGCCCAUCCUCUGUCUACUCAAGCAGCACUGAUUUCAGUCAGCCAGGCAACGUCAACUUCUCCCGACAGCCUUCUCUUAGCUCCCAGUACAACAUGGCUCCCCCUUCUGCGGCGCUCUCCUCCAGACAGGCUUCUUUCAACUUGCAUGAUGCUGUCCUGGCUGUGGGAGAAGACGCCCUUAACACGUUUGUUACACGCACUCGACACCUCAAUGAGCUCUUCAGACUGCAUGCCGAGACAAUCAAGCCCCUUUCAGCCUGCUCACAGAGUGAACUGGCCCGUGCUGCCCUGUGGUGGUUUUUGAAAGGCCGUAUGGCUCUGGAGAUUGCAGUGCGGGCGCGACCCAGCAGCCCCCAGGGCCAGAUGCAGAAUGACAUGGACCGCCAACAGGCCUACGCAAACCUUGCCAAGGGAUACUGGCUUUCCGAAGAGGCCAUCCCUGAGCUUUUGGAAAACAAGCAACUUGCCCCAGCCGCAGGCAUCAAUGAGAUCCGGUCAAUGCUCGUGACGACACUUAAGAAGUUGGCUGUCUCGAUGAAGAGAAACGGCUCGCUUCCACCCGAGGAGGCGUUCCUGCCCCAGACCAUCGACAAGUCUAUCUGGGUUGAGUACCCAAGGCUCAGUGUUGACAUGAUUGCGCUUCUUACCGCCGACUCUUCUGCGGCCAUGACUGGCGUGGUCCGUACCCCUUCGCCGUUGGAGAUCUUGGAAACCCUGCCGCUUGGCGAUACGGCCGAAAACUUUACCUUCGGCAGAAUCACCACCGACGUGUUUCUCAUGGAGCAAGGCAUGGAUUCUCAGAGGUUCUACUUCCCUUGCCUGUUGACUAUGGUCCGACCGCAGAAACAGCCAAACCUUGUCUUCGUCAUCGCCAGCCAACACGGAGAAGUGAACCUCCGAAUCCAGGGCAACAAGGCCGCUGGCCCGACAUGGGACGAUGUUCGUUGGCGCAACGAGACGUGCUCACUCGAGGUCAAGCUGCCUCGAGGCUUUAUGAUUGUGGCGCAGUGCUCGCAGCAGGAUUACAGAAUGCUCUGGAGCAUGUACGACUUCGGUGCUAAGGUCCAGUCAACGCUUUUCCCCAGAGCAGAGGAGCAUUGCGUCUUCCGUUCUACGCUGCGUUCAUUUCAAUACUUCGACUCAGACCCUCAAGCCCGGGCGUUUCCAAAGGAGCCCGUGCAAGGUUGCGACGUGGCGCUUUUCGAAAAGAUUCACAAGGAGCAUGCUGCCGCCGGCCCUCGCGCAUACCAUCGCGGGUUCAGAAUUGCCGUUGUGAGUAGUCCUCUCACGAGAACACUCAGCGGCAUCAACCAUAGCUACACGCCACAAAUGCCAAUUCCCUUUGGAUUCCUAAGAUCGGACGGAGGCGAGCCCGCCUUGUUGCUCAAGUACGACAACGGCCGCCAGAAGGUGACCAUGGCACUCUCGUUCGGCGAUGAGAGGGAGCGGUCCCAGUUCCACAAUAUACUCGCGGGCACUUCUGUGCAAAAGGACGAGACCAUCUACGCAGAUGUCCCCCUUCUCGGUUUCUCCAUUUCAACGGGCCUCCAGGACGGCAAGUAUCUACCAGGUGUCAGCCAGGUUCCCUGGACGUCCCUUCGAGUUAUCAACGAAGAUGCGGACGAAGACUAUCCGCGCACGGUGUUGUCGGACAGGCUGAGGGUUGUUGUCGAAUCCAAGCAAGGCUCCCUAACUGAUCGCGUGAACCUCCAGCCCGGCGAACUGAGGGUCAGACUGGAGGUACAAGACACGAAGUCCCUGGUGGUAAUGCGUCAGCCGCAAUUCGAUAUGACUGCAACGGUGGCGGAUGGGUCUGUGGAAAAGGACGUGCCCAAGGCGAUGACCGACAUGCUUCAGAUGCUGCAGACGACUCAGAGUAUUCGCACUUAUAGCUUCCCGACACAGAGAGAUCUUCAUGCCUUCCAGGCUGCGUUAACGGGUUUCAGCGUCAUUUUUGAUGGCAUGGCAGCGACCUUUGCCAUAUCUCGUCGGCGAAUGGUGGUCCCCAUUCACAAGAAGUGGGAGGCGGGGUCUACUCGAGUCCAGGUGGUGCAGCAGGGCUCCAUCAUACAGCUGCUUGCCUUCUUCCCCGAUUUCCACCAUGGACAAUGCAUGAACUUUCAAUUGAAGGGCACAGAUGUUUAUGAAAUGAUUUCACGCAGCAGCAAGGCAGGCAUCAAGUUUGUCGACGCCAAAUUCCCGUUACCCCGGAUGCCCAACAGCGGCGACGGUCCAUCGGACGACAUGGGAUUUAUCUGCCUGGACCUUCCGGAUCUGCCGGGAGAACACGAUGACAUCUCACUCAUUUUUGAGAACGAAGCGGAACGCGACCGUCUGUGUCAAUGUCUCCCGGCACCUGUCAAGGGCGCCUCGAGAUCGCUGAGAGGUAAAUGA